UUCCCUCUUCCCUUUUUUUCUCUCUUAUCUCUUCUCUCCAUCUCUCUCUCUCUCUCCUAUUUUGUACUCUAAAGUUCACUCCUUUUCUGAUCGGAACUCCUUCGCUCACAAAUUCUCCUUGCUGGAGAUGAAGCUAGGCAUGCCCCACUUUUUCUCUGGUUAAAGUGGUAAUUUUGGCUUUUCUUCUAUGCCCUCUUAUCAUUAACUUACUGAACACAAAGUGCUGCUCUUUGCUUUAACUGUUGCACUAUAUCUCUUUGGUUUUGGUUCCAAAGAACGAGAAACACACAGAGUGUGUUUUCCCUGGUCCUCUCUCUCAAUCUUGUUAUCAUCAACUUGUGCUUCUUGUUCUUGGGUACUUAUCCUCUGCAACCCGGAGGUAACUAUGUAUACCCAGAUGAUAAAUUUGGUUAAGACAACCUUUACUUGAAUGUGGGUUUAUUUAGUGGUGGGUACGCCUGAGAUUGAAGAUCUAUAAUUAAAGCUUGGUGUUGGUGGCAGGAAGUGGGAGAAAACUCCUAUUGUAAUUAAGAGAUCAUCUUUGACAAACUCCUAAUAGUUCUAUUACUACAUAAAAAUCUCUGAUCAGGAGGCAUUCGACUUCUGUUUCAACUUACAGUAUUGGACAAUCCAAACUCUGCACCAACCAGCAAUUCUGUGACUUUUAGGAAUCAGUAAAGUUCAGACAGCUUUUGUCUCAUUAUUGAACAAAAUAGAUUGUCUGUGUUAGUUUACUGCUUUUACUUAUCAAAGCGGCACCUUAAUCUGAUUGAGAGUAUCAAGCAUUGGGAUUCAACUGUCCUAAAAUUAUGGCAACUUAUUACACAAGUUCAAGUAAUCAAAGAGAUGCCGUGCCUAUGCUCUGUCUUAGGGAGCCUUUGCCUAGUUCGUAUACUGAGACACCAGUUCUUCCAAGCAAUAUGACAUUAUAUAUGAGCUCUGGUUCAUAUUCAGAAGCAUUGUCUGGUACUUCUCAGCAGCAAAAUAAUUGCUUUGUGAUUCCAUCAAUAGGUGCUUCACAUUCCACUCCUGAACGGCAAGAAAUCUUAGCAAAUAUUGGGGGGUUCCAAACUGGGGUUCAUGAUUUCAGUGCAUGGAGGGAGGGUAGAAAUGACAUGUUAGUCAGACAACAACCUAUGGAUGGACAGAACUUGCAGGGUCAGGGAUUAUCUCUCAGCCUUGGAACCCAAAUACCCUCAGGAAUACAAAUGCCUUCUCUCCAUGAUAGGAAUCAUAAUUUAAGUUUUGAUUCGUUUUUGGGUACUAAUCCAUCAAUUUCAGGUAAUGAGGCCUAUAAAAGUGGCUCAUCUAUGGAUGAAUGUAUGAGACAUUCUGAAAAUUUUCCACCUGGUUUAUCUGAAGCUAGUCAAGAUUUGAACAGGGGGGAUUUUUCCUUCCAUGGAAUGUCCAGUGCUGGAAGAACGGUUCCUAAUUCCAAAUACCUCAAGGCAGCACAACAACUGCUUGAUGAAGUUGUUGACAUCCGAAAAGCUAUGAAACGACCUGAUAUGAAAAGUCAUAGCACACAUGAGGACUCUAAGAAGAAUUCCAAGGAGGAUGAUGAACAACUAGAGAAUGAAAGAUCUUCUGCAAAUGGAGUGCCUAAUUCUCAAGGUUCAGCUUGUAACUCCUCUUCUGAGCUUUCACAUGCUGAAAAGCAAGAUCUGCACAACAAGUUAACAAAGCUUUUGUCAAUGUUGGAUGAGGUUGACAGUAGGUACAAACAAUAUUAUCAUCAGAUGCAGAUUGUGGCAUCAUCAUUUGAUGUGAUAGCAGGCUGUGGGGCAGCUAAACCAUACACAGCACUUGCUCUUCAAACCAUUUCAUGCCAUUUUCGGUGUUUGCGUGAUGCAAUUACUGGCCAAAUCAGUGCAACACAAAAAAACCUUGGGGAGCAAGAUGCUUCUGGUAAUAAUAAAGGAGUUGGAAUGUCAAGACUUAGGUAUGUGGACCAACAGAUCCGGCAACAGAGGGCUCUUCAGCAGCUUGGCAUGAUGCAACAUACAUGGAGGCCACAAAGGGGGCUCCCAGAAAGCUCUGUUUCAAUUCUUCGUGCUUGGCUGUUUGAGCAUUUCCUUCAUCCCUAUCCAAAGGAUUCUGAUAAGAUCAUGCUAGCAAGACAGACAGGCUUGACCAGAAGUCAGGUCUCAAAUUGGUUCAUAAAUGCGCGGGUUCGUCUAUGGAAGCCUAUGAUUGAGGAGAUGUACAAGCAAGAGAUUUGCGACGCUGACAUAGACUCAAGUUCUUCAUCUGAAAAUGCAUCCAAGGUAACAAAAAGUGAUGUCAAGACCUCCAAUGAGAUGUGCGAUGAUUCGCAGCACUUUCAAAGUUCAAUAGCCAAUAAGAAUUACAGUGGUGGACAAACUAAAGACCUCAGAUCUUCAUCUGAUCGAGGUCUCGACACAGAAAUCAUGGCUUCCACUGGUUCAGCUAGUCUACAAAGCAUAGGUCAUGAGGCUGAAACUGAGCAUAGGUUAGGAAAGCAGACCGAGGAGCAAAGGCCAAACUUCUAUGAUUGUGGUCUCUUCCCAGAUGACACAGUUGUUCAGCCUGGUGGAACUAAUGACAGGUUUAUGACGUGCCAAAUGUCGGAGUUUGGGAGGUUCAAGUCAGGAAGUGGAGUGUCUCUAACAUUGGGUUUGCAGCAUUGUGAAGGAGGUAACUAUUUGGAUGGUGAGACCCAUCUUAGUUUGGUUUCCAUGAAGGAGGAUGACAUCUACAAUGCAGCUGCAGCUUCUAACAUAGGAGCUGAGACAGCAGAACUUGAGUGCAUCAGUGCUGGAAACCAACAACAAAGGUUCAGUUCUCCCCAUAUGUCACAUGAUUUUGUAGUAUGAAAGAGACAAUUUCAUUUUACAAUGCUUGACGGUGAUAGUCAUAGCCUUAAGGUCUAAGACGAAAACAGUGUUAUGAUAUCAAGAAAUUUAUGAGAAGAUAUAUACGUCUUAUGGUUAAUAAUGUAUAAGGAAACAUGUAUAAUUAGGUCUAUACCUGCAUUGAAGAAACAUACGGUAAUGAUUUUCUCAA